GCAGCUAAAAGUAGCAAACCCAAGCGUGGCAAAGGGAAAGGCACCAAAAAGAAAGGAAAGAAGGUGGCGAAGGAAGUGGAUAUCCUCAGCCCAGCUGCCAUGCUCAACGCUUACUACAUCUGUCACAAUGCUCCCGCCUGCCUGGAGUCCCGGGGCUUUUCCUGGCCUGGUUCAACCAAAAAAAAAGGGAAGAAAAGAAAGAA